AUGGCUGAAGUUGAUAAACUCUUUGGUGAACAUGAUGGAGAGGAGGUACCUGAGAAUGUGACUGAAAUUGAGGCUGAGACUGAGGACGCACAGCCACAGGAACAAGACCAGGCACUGGCACUGGCAGAGGAGGAGGCAGAUGCAGAAGCAUUGGCUCAGGAACAAGAACGUGCUGUUUCACUAGCACAGGAACAAGAACAUGCACUGGCACAGUUACAGGCGCAGGAACAAGAACAUGUACUAGCCCAGUUACAGGCGCAGGAACAAGCGCAGGCACUGGCCCAGUUACAGGCGCAGGAACAAGAGCAGGCACUGGCCCAGUUACAGGCGCAGGAACAAGAGCAGGCACUGGCCCAGUUUCAGACACAGGAAGAAGUAGAAGUGCAAGAGGAGGAGUUGCAAGUGCCUGAACACAACCAAGAGCAUCAUGAGGAUGCUGUGGUUGGUGGAGGCGAGAAAAAGUGGCCUGGAUGGCCUGGUGAGAGCGUGUUUCGGAUGCUGGUUCCUGCCCAGAAGGUUGGCAGUAUAAUUGGACGCAAAGGGGAGUUCAUUAAGAAAAUAGUUGAGGAGACGAGAGCUCGCAUCAAAAUUCUAGAUGGUCCUCCAGGAACAACUGAAAGAGCUGUAAUGGUUUCUGCUAAGGAGGAGCCUGAUUCUUCUUUUCCUCCUGCAAUGGAUGGCCUUUUGAGGGUUCACAAGCGGAUUAUUGAUGGUUUGGAUGGUGAUUCUUCUCAUGCUCCACCGGGCAUGGGUGGCAAAGUCUCCACAAGGCUGCUGGUGGCAGCUUCACAGGCAGGAAGCUUGAUUGGAAAACAGGGAGGAACUGUUAAAUCUAUUCAAGAAUCAUCUAACUGCAUAGUUAGAGUUCUUGGAGCAGAAGACCUGCCGAUUUUUGCUCUUCAAGAUGACAGAGUUGUUGAAGUAGUGGGUGACGCAGUUGGUGUGCACAAAGCAAUUGAACUGAUUGCAUCUCAUCUUAGGAAGUUUCUAGUUGACCGCAGUAUAAUUCCAAUAUUUGAAAUGCAUAUGCAAAUGGCAAAUCCUCAGAUGGAACAUGCGCCCCCUCAUCAACAAUGGGGUCCACCCCAAGGUCUUCCCCACAAUGCUGGUGGGGGUCCUGGAUUUGGGCCUCCUAAUCCCCAGUACAUGCCACCUCCUCGGCAGCAUGACAAUUACUAUCCACCAGCUGACAUGCCCCCCCCCAUUGAGAAACAGCCUCAUCAUGGUAUAUCAGCUUAUGGAAGAGAAGCUCCAAUGGGCGUCCACCAGUCAUCAAAUGCUCAAUCAGCACCAUCAAUGGUCACACAGAUCACACAGCAAAUGCAAAUUCCGCUGUCAUAUGCUGAUGCUGUUAUUGGCACAGCUGGUGCAAGUAUAAGCUAUAUUCGACGAGCUAGUGGGGCAACUGUUACAAUACAAGAAACUAGGGGUGUUCCUGGAGAGAUGACUGUUGAAAUCAGUGGAAGUGCUUCCCAAGUCCAAGCAGCUCAACAACUGAUACAGAAUUUCAUGGCAGAUGCUGGAGCACCGCAGCCGACACAAACUGCUGGCUCUGUGGAUCAAGGUUAUAAUUCCUAUGCAGCUCAUGGUUCAGUAUAUUCAUCUCCCCCAUCCAAUCAAGGACAUGCAGGACAUACUGGUGGCUAUGGCUCAGUCUAUGGCUCACAUUAUGGGUACUAG